GAAAUCGAGAAUCGCUAUCGAUACUGUCUGGGUCUCCGCACAGCAGACAGCCAUCUUACUGUCGGAAGUGCCGAAAACUGAUGCACCGGGACGUAUCUUUCGAGAUGUCUGGCGGGAAAGUCAUCAGAUACAAUAUGAUCGUCCUAUGAAGCAUGGAAUGUACAGUGCACAUUAUGUAGGCAUUAACAUUAAACAAAGAAAAGAGUUGUAAUAAUUAACAAGUAAGAAUAACAAGUGCCACAGAACUCCACAUCGUGUUUUUGGUACGUGUAGUCCCGUGCACGUUCUUUGAUAGCAGUUGGAUGAUCAUGCCAAAGGCUCAUACAGCUGUUGAGGCCUCAUCCCCACAACUCUGAGCCUGACGCAAAAAAAAAAUCUAUGCACGCAGAGCAAGCCUUGGAGAGAGGCUGAAACUAGACCGGUGGCCAUGUCGUCCAACGCGGAGCAACGCUUGAGGACUCUGGAGAAGUUGUACCUGAACGGCGUGCUGGAGAGCAAUGGUGAAGUCGUCAGUAUAGAAACACUCCAGGAUGUCUUCCUGCUUCUCUAUAAUGAGUGUCACAACUCUACGCUGCGACGGGAAAAAUCUGUCUCAGAUUUCUUGGAAUAUGCGAGACCCAUCGCUCAGAAAAUCAAGGUGUUGCGGUUACGCCGAGAUGACUUUGAAACACUCAAGGUGAUUGGACGAGGGGCGUUUGGUGAGGUUGCUGUGGUGAGGUUAAAGAACACCGACAAAAUAUUUGCAAUGAAACUACUCAACAAAUGGGAAAUGCUGAAGAGGGCAGAGACUGCCUGCUUUAUAGAGGAGAGAGAUGUCCUAGUGAAAGGUGACGACAGAUGGAUAACUCAUCUACACUACUCCUUCCAAGAUGACGACUACUUGUACUUUGUCAUGGACUACUACAGCGGGGGCGACCUGCUGACCCUCCUCAGCAAGUUUGAGGACCGUCUGCCCGAGGACAUGGCCCGCUUCUACAUCGCCGAGAUGGUGCUGGCCAUCGACUCCAUCCACCAGCUGCAGUAUGUGCAUCGGGACAUCAAGCCGGAUAACGUACUGCUGGAUCAGCACGGGCACAUACGACUGGCUGACUUUGGCUCCUGUCUCAAGAUGCAGGAGGAUGGCUCGGUACAGUCCAAUGUCGCUGUUGGUACACCUGAUUACAUCUCGCCUGAGAUUCUCAGGGCAAUGGAGGACGGUCAAGGGAGAUACGGGCCAGAAUGUGACUGGUGGUCACUAGGCGUCUGUAUGUUUGAAAUGCUGUUUGGUGAGACGCCGUUCUACGCAGAGUCACUGGUGGAGACAUACAGCAAGAUUAUGAACCACAAGGACCAGUUUGUUUUCCCGCCUGACAUCGACGACGUGUCCGACGAAGCCAUGGACCUCAUCAAGAAGUUGAUCUGCAACGCUGAUCAGCGGCUGGGCAUCAACGGACUGGAAGACUUCAAGAACCAUCCCUUCUUCACUGGCAUCGAUUGGAUUAACAUCAGGGAAAUGAGUCCACCUUACAAACCAGACGUCAAAAGCCCAACCGAUACCUCCAACUUUGACGUGGAUGAGACGGAUCUCAAGCAGUCUGAGACUGUACCGCCCAACACUCACGCAGCCUUCACUGGCAACCACCUCCCAUUUGUAGGCUUUUCAUUUACAAGGAACAGUUGCCUGUCGGACAUGGGCUCGCUGUUGGAAGCCAAGGAUGACGUCAUAUCAGACGGAGUGGACAGCGUCUCGGCAGAGGCCUACGAGAGAAGGAUCAAGAGGCUAGAGUCUGAGAAGAACACAUUGAGCCACAGGUUGUCAGACACAGCGAAGAGAGGUGGGGGUUCGGUAGGGGCAGAAAACAACGAAGUCAAGCAUCUCAAGGAUGAGAUAGCGCUCUUAUCAAAGAAGAUGUCAGAUGCCCAAAUGGCCAACAAUCAUCUGGAGAAAGAGCUACAAGAGGCCCUGGGCAUGAGAAAAGACGAUGAGGAUAAAAACUCCAAGAUCAGGCAACUAGAGAAACAAAACAGGACUCUGAAAGCAGAAAGGGAGGAGUUUCAACGAGAGCAAAUAGAACUGCAGGAGAAGCUGAAACAACAGGGCAAAGAACUCAAGGAGGCCAAGUCACAGUACAAGCUGACCAUGCAGGAAUUCUCAGAGAUCAAUGAAAGGUUAUCAGACGUGAGGUCACAGAAGACGAAACUGACCCGUGACCUGCGUGACAGGGAGGAGGAAUACGAUGCCAUGAGUCACAAGGUGGAAGUCCAACGGCUAGAUCUUCGCAAAGCUGACAAAGUCAGAAAAGAGCUCGAGACUGACUUGGAUGAGAAACUAGCCGAGCUCAAUAAGGAGAAGUUUUUGAGGCAACAGAGUGAGCAGUCGGUCAAGCAACGGGAAGAAGAACUGGAAAGAGUCAGGAAGCGUGGCCGUGUGGAUCUACAGUCCAGCACCCACGACCCUAAACAGCAAGAAAUCACCAGACUGAAGGCGGAGCUUGAGAAGAAACGAUCCUCCUACGAGGAGGGGCUGUCCAAGGAGAAGUCAAGACACACCAUCGAAGAAAAAGGCUUGAAGGAGACGAUAUCAGAGAAUGAGCAGCAGAUCAUCAGCCUCAAGAGGGAGGUCAGCAGCUUGAACUACAAGCUGAGCAGGGAGACCACCAGCUCCCAGUCUCAGCAGGAUGACUUGGAGUCACUGCGACGCAAGCUGGAGAGGGAGAAGAGUCAGCUGGAUGAGGAGAAUAGGAGACUCACUCUGGAAGUAGAUAAGAUGUCCACUGACUAUGACAACAAGUGUCGGGAGUUGAAGAUUCGUGAAGAGGAACUGAGGGAGAUGUCAGAUAAAGACAAAAUGCCGAUCUGGGAGGCCCAGAUUAGUGAACUCAUUCAGUGGGUGAGUGAUGAGAAGGAUGCUAGGGGCUAUCUGCAGGCCCUGGCCCUCAAGAUGACAGAAGAGCUGGAAGGAGUCAAGAAAUCAGGACUCGUGGGUGCCGCAAGGCAAAAAGACUGGCAGUCGAGACGAUCGCAGAAGAUGGACAAGAUGGAGCUGCUGAAUCUCCAGUCCAACCUGCAGAGUGAGGUCCACGCCAAGGAUCAGAUCAACAAAGAGCUGUCAAAAGUCAAGUCGGAUCAAGUCCAGGCGGAAAAGAAGUUGAAAGCAGCUGAAGCCCGCAACAAGGAGUUAGAGAACAAGGUGGAAGCGCUGGAGAAACAAGUCAAGGAAAUGGAGCAGAAACUGGACGAUUACAGCUCACAACCCAUGGCCAAUAAAGUCUCAUCUCAUCUCUCUUUCCUGGACGAGAUUCUCAACACGGACAUCAAAGAAUACAAAUUGGAGGAUGAUGUGAAUGAAGAGAAGUAUUCCGAGACCUACAAGGAUGAGCAGGUCGACCAGGCAGCAAGUCCCAAGCCCGUGGCUACUGUCACCCCCGUCAUGCCCGUCCAGCCCAAACCCAAGCCGCACAAGUUUGUCAUCAGCACCUUCAGCGUGCCGCUCAAGUGCGCCCACUGUACGUCGUUGAUGCUUGGUCGCAUCAGGCAGGGAGUGAGAUGUGAAGUGUGCCAGUACGCCUGUCAUGUUGCCUGCUCCCAAGAAAGAGCUCAUGUGUGUCCCAUCCCGCCUGAUCAGAUCGCCAAGCCCCUGGGUAUUGAUCCCAACCGGGGUAUCGGCACAGCCUACGAGGGGGUGCUCAAGAUCCCCAAGCCUGGCGGGGUGCGCAAGGGCUGGAUGCGGCAGUUCGCCGUGGUCUGCGACUUCAAACUCUUCCUGUUUGACAUGAUGGAAGGCAAGAGCAACCAGAGUAACCUGGAACCCUCUCACAUCAUUGAUAUGAGGGAUGAAGACUUUCAAGUCAGCACUGUCAAGGAAUCAGAUGUCAUCCAUGCUGAUCGGAAGGACGUCCCUUGCAUCUUCAAGGUGGCCGCGUCACAGCUGAACCCACCAGGCCUGACAGCCCAGUUCCUCCUCCUGGCCUCGAGCGAGAACGACAAGAAGAAGUGGGUGAACGCCCUGAAUGAGCUGCAUCGCAUCCUGCGACGCAACAAGCGUCCCGAGAAGCCCGUCUUCCUGGCCAAGGAAGUCUGCGAUCCCAGCAUGCCCCUCAUCAAGAUGGUCCACUGUGCUGACAUCGUCGAUUACGAUAGGUUUUUGCUUGGGACUGACGAGGGUCUGUACUGCCUUCAGCUGUCCACUGGUUAUAUUACACGGGUAGAUAACAAGAAGAUAUUCCACGUUGAGAUCGUGCCCACCGAGCAGCUCAUUAUCGUCAUCUCAGGCAGGGGUCGUCACGUGCGCCUGAUCCCCAUCCUAGCCCUAGACCAGGAGGCCAACGCCAUCAAGGUAGAGGAGCCUAAAGGCAGCACGCUGUUCACCACUGGCCGCAUCCGGCAGGGCUCCACCAUGUGCAUGUGUGUGGCCAUGAAGCGUCACGUCCUGGUCUACGAGUUCAAUCGCACCAAGCUGCGACACAGGAAGAUCAAGGAGCUGACCCUCCCCGCGCCCUGCUCCACCCUGGAGGUCUUCCAGGAGCGACUCUGUGCCGGCUACACGUCUGGUUUCAGCCUCUUCAGCAUACAAGGGGAAGGACAGCACAUCCAACCUUUGCUGAAUGUGGAUGAUCCUUCCCUGUCCUACCUUCAGAAGACUCCUGUGGAUGCGCUGGCCGCUGUACAAAUCAGCAACAAAGAAUAUUUAUUGUGUUUUAUGACCGUUGGUGUGUAUGUGGACUACCAGGGCCGUCGGACGAGGAAACAAGAACUGAUGUGGCCGGCAGUACCCACCGCCAUAUGUUUCAACUAUCCGUACCUCGUGGUGUACAGUGAGGUAUCAGUGGACAUGUUUGAAGUCAGUCACAUGGAGUGGUUCCAGACCAUUCCCAUCAAAGGGACGCAUCCCUUGACCCACGACGGCAGCUUCAACCUGUGCUACGUCACCGACCUGCACACUCCCAGGCUAAUGUACCUUCACAACAACGACAACGACGGAGCAGAAAAGGACGACCUGGUGAUUCCGCACACCAACAAGCAGAACAUCAAGAGAGAUAAGGGAAGGUUCUCCUUCAAGAACAGGGAAGAAAUCAAGAAGACAAAAGAUCGCAAGUCGAUGAUAUCCGGACCGUCAGACUUCAACCAUAUCACUCACAUGGGGCCUGGGGAUGGUAUGCAGAUGCUGAAAGACCUGCCACAGAGAAAGAUCCAACUACGCGAGGAGAAGCAGUCGGGUCGAGACUUCCAGCGAGUCCGCAGCAUGUUCCAGCCCAUGGGGCCCGGCCUACGGACCGUCCCUAGCUCCAGGGAACGAGCCUCCUCCAUGCACUCGGCCGGCCGGGGUGACGUCAACGGGAGCAGUAGUCUGAUGCCCACUAGCCCCGGGGUGCCUGGCGGGGAAGGGGUCAGUGGGGGCCAUGACGGAGGGCAGCGCAGCUACAGUGAUGAGUCACCGCCUUUGUCUAGUCACUCGCCUAGACAUUCAUUAGGUUCUAGUUCCAGUACUCCCCCCACACCGCAUCGGACAAGCGUUGUGGAACCAGACCAGCUGUCUGGGGGGUCCGGGGGCUGGGACGGGGACGCCAAGGGAACUUCAUCGUACUAACAGACCCUCGCUCUCAACUCUUCUCACCGGUGAGAAAAUAAAUGUCAAAAUCAGCAACAAACUCCUUUGCUCAAGUUUCGCAGGAGCAUGGUACAUCGUGAAUCAACGACUUGAGCCAAGACGGGCCAAUGAAACCUGCUCUGGAAGAUAAGUCAAUGCAUUGAAAGCGCAUGAUGAUAAAUU